AUGGCUGCUAUUGCGAUAGCUAUUGAUGAAGAGGAAGCAGAAACUAGGAGUAAGAAGAAACGGGCUAAACGAAAGUUGAGUGUGCAUUCUCUAUGGAGAAUGCGUAAUUUUAACGGAGAAUUUAACACCUUAUGCAGAUACUUAGCAGACGAUGAAGAUAAAUUCUUUGGAUAUUUUAGAAUGUCCAAAGAAAACUUUAACAUUUUACUAAAUGAGCUGAAGCCCGCCCUUAAAAGACAUCAGCCGAGAUUAAAGACACCAAUAGAACCUAAACAACGUUUAGCAGUAUGUCUCAGAAUAUCCUCUUGUUUUGUCAAUGAUGGUGGCGGUGGCGGCGGGGGUGUCGCAGUAGAUACUGCUGGAGAUACUGAACCCGAUGUUGGUGACGUAUAUGAUUGGGGAUCAGAGCUCAACCAUUCCCAUUCUAAUUCCUGA